GGACCGAACUGAAUAACCCUGGUUUAGUAAAUUAACCAUAAUGUAGAAUUUGAGAGUGAUUAUCAACGCAUAUGAACCUAUCCUUUGCCAGCAUAUUUCUUAGUGGAAAUAAAAGCGCCGUCUCUGAUUUAAGUGUAGCAUCUUGCUGAACAUAACAUCUUUGGUAAGCACCCACCCUGACGUUCCUGUCUGCAGUUGGACAGGCGUCUCGUGCUCGUACGCUGGGCUGUGUCUGGUUCUCCGUGCAUGAUCCGAGCAGUCGCGGUGUUGCACUUAGCUCGCUAGCUUCAUCAUCUUUCUUCCCAGAAGACGGAGCUUGUACAGGGAACAUAUCAGGGUUCCUUUCAUAAGCAUCACUUUUUCCCCUUCUCCCUUUUGUUGAUUUUUCUUUUUGUUUUUUCUUUAUUUCUUUUUGCUUGUUUUGAUUUUGUUUUUUUGUUUUUUGUUUUUUUUUUUUGUUUAUUUUUUUCAUUUUGAUUUUUUUUUUUUUCCUUUUUUGUUUGCUUGAUCUUCGGAACAGUGAGAUAACUUUGCCAUCACAGAGGUGGACAGUUGUGUUGAUGGUCUGGGGUAAUUUUGUACCCACUGACGGACAGAAGCCUCGUGGGUCAGGUUACUGUUGAAAAUAUGAGCACAGCAAAGCCCACUGGGAUCAAAGUGCCUAGCAAGAUAGCUAGGCCACCUGGACCUGGAGCCCCUAAAACCAACCCAAACACAGCUAAAGUUGCUGUGGCUGACAAAUCAACUGCAAGUGCCGGCGGAGAAGAUGUCAAGAAUGCUGAAGAGAACUUUCAGAUUGGGGAGCGAGUAUGGGUGAAUGGCAAUAAGCCUGGCUACCUACAGUUUUUAGGAGAGACACAGUUCGCUCCUGGACAGUGGGCAGGGAUUGUCCUAGAUGAGCCAAUUGGGAAGAAUGACGGGUCGGUGGCAGGGGUGCGCUACUUCCAGUGUGAAGCUCUUCGAGGGAUAUUUACCCGCCCCUCCAAGUUGUCCAGAACAGAGGGAGAAGCUAAUGGAACUCAAACUGCACCCCCAUCCCGUGCCGCAUCACCCACUCCUUCAGUUGGAAGUGUAGCCUCACAUACACCUGCCACAAAGUCAGCCUUACCCUCAAGUGCUGCGGCAGUCAAGAAGGCGUCUUCCACUACAACAGCUACUCCAUCCUCUAACCUCGUAUCCACCAACAGUGAAUCUGUCUCCAACCUUUCAGAGACUGGAUCGGUGAAGAAGGGAGAAAGGGAACUGAAGAUGGGUGAUCGUGUAUUGGUUGGUGGUACAAAGGCUGGAGUGGUACGUUUCCUUGGAGAAACCGAUUUUGCCAAAGGCGAGUGGUGUGGCGUGGAACUGGAUGAACCUCUAGGAAAGAAUGAUGGGGCAGUGGCAGGCACGAGAUAUUUUCAGUGCCAGCCCAAAUAUGGCUUAUUUGCUCCAGUUCACAAAGUCACACGCAUUGGCUUCCCUUCCACAACACCAGCCAAAGCAAAAACAACAGUUCGGAAAGUAGUGGCCACACCAUCAGGGCUGAAAAGAAGCCCUAGUGCCUCAUCCAUCAGUACCAUGAGCUCGGUGGCGUCUUCUGUCAGCGCUAAACCAAGUCGAACAGGCCUGCUAACAGAGACGUCGUCAAGGUAUAAUCGUAAGAUUUCAGGCACCACCGCCCUGCAGGAAGCCCUGAAAGAGAAGCAGCAGCAUAUUGAGCAGCUAAUGGCUGAGAGGGACAUGGAAAGAGCUGAAGUUGCUAAGGUCACUAGCCAUGCUGGAGAGAUGGAGCAAGAAAUGACCCUGCUCAGGGAUGAUCAGGAGCAGAUGGAGGCAAAAAUGGAUCAGCUGCGUGCCUUGGUGGAAGCUGCAGACAAAGAGAAAGUGGAGCUGCUGAACCAACUAGAGGAGGAGCGAAGGAAAGUGGAGGACCUCCAGUUUCGUGUUGAGGAAGCUUGCAUUACCAAAGGAGACCUGGAGACGCAGACCAGACUGGAGCAUGCCCACAUUAAGGAGCUUGAACAGAGCCUGCUCUUUGAAAAGACCAAAGCUGAGAAACUCCAAAGAGAGUUAGAAGACACUAGGGUUGCUACUGUAUCCGAAAGAUCUCGUAUUAUGGAGCUUGAAAAGGACCUUUCACUUCGAACAAGAGAGGUAGCCGACCUUCAGCUGCGUCUUGGUGUCCAGCAGAGUUCUAAAGACUCAAACUCUGUUUCUCCACUACUGGAAGAGAUAAACUCUCUUAGGGAUCAGCUAGCAUCUCAAGAAGCUAAGUGGCAAGAAGAAGUAGGGAAAUGCAAAGAGAAGCUUGAAGCUCAAGAAAAAGUCCACAGUGAGGCACUUGCCCAGCUUCAGGCUACAUCCGUAAGGCUGUCUAGUGAUAAAGAACAGUUGCAGAUGUGCCUAAGCCAGGCUGAGAAGGAGAAUGCUGGCACUGUUGAACUUUGGCGUUCCAAGCUGGACUCUGCCAUUGCCUCUCACCAGCAAGCUAUGGAGGAGCUGAAAGUGUCCUUCAGCAAAGGUGCUGGUGCCCAAACAGAAGAGCUUGUGGAAACCAAAAGUGCACUAGAAAAACUUAAGGUGGAGCACAAACUGGCUCAGGAAGAAGCUGCCGCCAAACAUGAAGAUGACACCUCAGCCUGGACAGGAGAGAAGAACGCACUGAAGGCUCAGCUGUUGUCCUUGACUGAGGACAAAGAACGACUGGAAGAGUCGCUACGGUCCAGCAUUGAAAAAGCAGAAGAGCAACACCUUGUGGAAAUGGAGGAUGUACUUGGAAAGCUUCAUGCUGCUGAAAUUAGGGUAAAGGAGCUUGAGGAGAAGGAAGCAAAUCUGGCACAACAGACUCAAGACAAGGACAGAGAAACCAAAGAGCAAAUAGCAGAAGUAGUGGCUCUACGCAGCCAACUAGCACAAGGUAAUCAGGAGGUUGCAGCUCUGAAGAGUCAAUUAGACGAAACCCAGAAUCAAGGAAACACCCGGAGUGCAAAGGUUAGUGAACUGAGCUCUCAGCUGGAGGGUAAAAAGCAGGAAGUCAUCUCUCUACAGGAGAGUCUGACUACUGUAAAGCAGCAGGAGGACACCAUGAAACAAGAGCUUGAAAACCUGAAACAAAGUUUGGCAGAAAGCACUGAGGAUCUGACUAAAUCAGCCAAAACUUUGCAAGAAACAAUUGAGAAGCUUAGUGCAAAGGAAGAAAUGUUUACAUCCUUAACCACAGAAUCUGAGUCUCUAAGAAGUCAGUUUGCUGGGAUGGAGAGAAAGCUGAAGGCUGCAGAUGAAAAACUUGAGCAGCUUUCAAAGGACAAAAGCAAGCUGGAAAAUGACAUUUCAGACAUGAUGAAAGCAUCUGGUGAUAGUUCAGUACAGCUGACAAAAAUGAAUGAAGACCUCAUACAAAAAGAAAGAAGGCUUGAGGUCCUACAGAAUGAAGUAGCUGAGGAGAAGGAGAAGGUGGCACAUUUGAAUGAACAGCUCCAGCAAGAACAAUCUAGCAAAAUGCAGGAGUUGAAAGAAGCCAGAGAUUCUCAUCAGACUCAAUUAAGUGGUCUUCAAGAGAAGAUUACCACCUUGGAGAAAGCUGUUAAACAGAGUGAGACCCUUGCUGAGGAGCUGAAGGCCUCACAAGAGAAAUCCCUUUCUCAGGCUUCAGAACUUCAUGUGAAGGAGCUAGAGGUGCUGCAGACUCAGGUUGACAAGCUGAAGCAGGAGCUCUCGUCUUCCAAGGACAAAAACCAGGAGUUGGAGAAGACACUUUCAGAGCUGUGGCUAUACAAGGAACAGGCUCAGUGUCUUUCCGCUGAACUUGGCUCCUCCAAGCAUGAUGUUGAACAUUUGUCCCAAAAACUGGAAAAGCAGAAUCUAGACCUGGAAGAAAUGUGUAAGGGAAAUGAGAACAUGAAAGCUGAUAAAGGCAAACUGGAAAAACAGCUGUCAGAAAUGCAAAGUAAGCUUUCGGCUCUUGAGAUGAGCUGCAAGGAGUUUUCAGUGCAGAAUGAAGAGCUGCUGAUAAGCAAAGAUAAACUUUCAAAACAUCAAGAGGAGCUGCUGGCUAAAAACAACCUUUCAGAUGAAGAGAUGAUUUUAGUAAAGAAAGAACUUGAGAACCUCAAACAACUUCUUCAGGAAGCCCAGGCUGAAAACAAAGAACUGCAGCAAGGUACACAGGAAUGCUUGGCCCAAAUUGAGAACCUUCAAAGACAAAAUGCAGAGAAAAAUGACUGUGUCCUCAAGCAUCAGCAGGAGAUCCAACAAACUGAGGCUAAAAAGAAGCAGCUACUUUUGGAUUAUGAAAACGUAUGCAAAGAAAGGAACCAGCUGACGGAAGAUCUUAAUGAAAGUAGGUCAAAGCUCACAUGUGAGCGAGACAACCUAAUACUAGAGAGGGAUGCUGCUAAAAAUGCCCAAAAAUCUCUUGAUGCUAAAAAUGCUGAGCUACAGGCAAAACUUAAGUCAUUGCACUUAGAAAAAGAAGAUUUAACAAUGAAGAAUACCCAGUUCCAAGCCCUGACAGAAACACUGACAAAAGAAAAAGAGGCGAUGUCUUCUGAAAUUAGCAUCAUUGCAUUGGACAAAGAAAAGCUCGAGACGGAGAAGCAGGAACUUCAGAAUAAGCUCAGUCUUACAAAGAAAGACUUGGAGCGCAAUGUCCGCGAAUGUGAGGACCUUAAAGCCUGUAAAAUGAGCCUGGCCCAGAUGCUGGAAGAAUUCAAGACGAGCAGUCAAGUGACAGAUUCUGAAAGACUCCAGCUUCUGCAGGAGAAAGAAAACCUGCUUACAAUCCAGAGAAAAGUCUCAAAUGAAAAGGAAGAGCUUCUCAGAGAGAUUCAAGAAGUGAAGGAAAAACUUCAGAUCUCAACAGAGCAAUUGUGUCAGUCUAAAGAGAAACUUAAAGAAGCAUCUUCUUCUUUUGAGCAUGAGAGGCAGGCGUUGCGCGUUCAGAAUUCUGAAACUGAGAUGGCUCUACAUGAACUGCGCAAAGAAAAGAUGAGUCUGGAUUCAGCUCUAGAGCAGCAAAAAAUGGAUUAUGAGCGUUUGAUUGAGGAGAAGGCAGAGUUGCAAAAGAAACACACGAAGGCAAUUUCUGAAAAAAAUGCUCUCUCUCUUGAAUGUGAGAAGCUAGUUGGUGAUAUCCGAACAGCGAGAGACCAACUAGAUGGUUUCACCAGAACAAAUGCUGACAUUACUCAAGACAAGGCUCAUUUAACAGCAGUGUUGGAGGAAACCAAACAGCAAAGAGAUGAAGUUGAGGUUCAGAUGACUUCGUUGAAACGAGAAAUGACUGACUUACAAAGUGAACUGCGGAAGCAUCACUCCGUUAUUGAAAUGCUGGAAAAGGACAAAGCUGAACUUGGUGAAGAACACAGUAAAGUAAAAGUGGAUUUUGAGAAGUCUAAUUUAAAUCUUGUUCAACAGCUGGAAAACCUUACAAAAGAUAAUAAUGACCUUCUGUUUCAGCAGACUGAGGUUAAAAAACAAACUCAGUAUUUGCAAAAAGAGAACCAGAUACUGCUUCAGGAGGUCCAAGAGUUAAAGAGUCAGAUUAAAUCAGUGUCGGAGGCAAAGGGUCUUCUUGAGACCCAGCUUCAAGCUGAAUCCAGUGAACGGAUAAAAGCAAUCUCUGAUAAAGAUGGCCUUUCCAAAGAAAUCGAGGAACUUCAAAAAACUUUGUUUAAUGUUACACAGGAAAAUAAAGAAAUUUCCUCCAACUUUAAGGAUGCUGAUGAGCAAAAGAAAUCAAUUAUGUUUGAGAUGGAGGCCUUGCAAACACAGCUGAAGCAGAAAGAGCAAGAAAAUAAUCAGCUGACGAGCGAUAAAGAGCAGCUAUCAUCUAAGCUUGAGAAGAUGGACGAACAAGUGUCUUCUUUGACCACAGCAAAGGAGGACCUGUCAGCGAGCCAGUGUAAAUUGCAGCAGGAGGCUUCCUCUUUCCACACAAGCCAAGAAAAGUGGCUUGCUGAACGUUCAAAGAUUCUUAAAGAGGUGAAGUGUUUGCAAGCUGACAAGAAACAGCUAGAAAUUGAUGUCAAGGCCCAACAAACUGAAAAAGAAACCUUAGAAAAACAAUACAAGAAUGCUCUUGCAGAGGUAUCCGCUUCGGCCGUUGUGAAAGAAGAAAUUUCCUCCAGCAUCUCGCAGCUCACAGCUCAGAAGGAUGCCGUGGAGGUGGAGAGGGAUGAGGCCACCCAGCGAGUCAGGGAGCUCGAGUCACAACUAAAAAAUGCCAUUUCUAAGCAGCUUGAGGCUACAGAGGCCUCUGGCAAGACUGCUGAGGCUUUCGAACAGCUGACAAAAGAGAAAGCUGUUUUGAUGAAGGAAAAAAAUGAAGUUCAGUCUUUGCUGGGAGAACUUCAGGCCUCCAAGCAGGAGCUGCAGACACAGCUGGAAACUCUAAGAAAAGAGAAUUCCAAGUAUCAAGAACAUCUGAAUCUUUCCAAAGAACAACUUUGCACAGAAACGGAGAAGACCAAGAGUCUAUGCCAAGAAAUAGAGGAACUUAAAGAAGCAGUUUCUGUGAAGACGCAGUCCCUGCAGAUGCUGCAAGAUGAGACCAGCAAGCUGAGACAGAAACUCGAUGACAAUCACAAAGAGCAGAGUGAUCUUGUGAAGGUGAAAGAUGAAUACACAAAAGUCAAAAAAGAACUGGAAGAGAUGAAGCAAAGUGAAAGCGUUUCAAGGGAACAUUUGAACAAGGAGAAGGCUGCCCUCCAACAGUCCAUCCAUAAAAACAGUGCCUUAAUCUCAGAAAAAGACCAGCAGGUGGAAAACCUGAAGAGCGAGCUGCGUGUAGAAAGUGCCUCAGCUAAGACACUGCAGAGUACAAUCCAGGCUUUGGAGCAGGACAACAUUAAACUACAGGAGCGUGUUCAGAGACUGGAGAAGGAUCGGACUGCUGGAUCUGACGGCAUCAACAAGUCCUCAGGUGAUGAAAUUUUGGACAAGAUGAGGGAGGAUAAGGAGACUGCAGAAAGUCAGGCAGCGAUUGAAUUCCUGAAUUCAGUCAUUGUUGACCUCCAGAGGAAGAAUGAAGAACUUAAAGAUAAAUUAGAGAAAAUGGCAGCUGCAGCUCUCAAUGGGAAUAAUCAAGGUGAACUGGAUAACUAUGACAGUAAUGAAAAGCAGCCCACAAAGAAGAAGCCUCCCCCAAGACUGUUCUGCGACAUCUGCGACUGCUUCGAUCUCCACGACACUGAGGAUUGUCCCACACAAAUGCAGAUGCCCGACUCCCCUCCACACACCACUUACCAUGGCAAUAAAGGUGAAGAACGGCCCUACUGCGACAUCUGUGAGGUCUUUGGACACUGGACCGAAUCCUGUAACGACGACCAGACCUUUUAAAGCCUUUUUAAAUCUCGUUCGCACAAUCGGUAUAUUUGCACAUCAUGUUUGUUAUGCUGUGUGUUUGGGGUCUUUGUUUGCGUGUGUGCAUUUUGUGCUUGUUUUUGCCAAGCAUCUUUGUUGCCCAAGCCAACCCUCAAGCGCUCUUAUCGGAGAAUGGCCUCCACAGAAGCUUUCCAAAAAUUCAGACAUUCAGAAAAGUACUACACAAUUUUUUUUUUUGUUUGUGAUUAUAAAUAACUGUAGAGGGAGAACAUCUAGUGUUCUGGGUCUGUAUGAGUGAGAGUACUGUAGGUGGAUGUAUCUUAGAGUAGAAGCAAUGGUCUGCCUCAGAUCAGUUAAUUUAUCAAUAUCCUAAAACUGUUUGCACAGCUCGUCAGAGGAUUACAAAGAUAAUAUCACAAAGGGUGUUUAUUUGAACUGUAAAAUACUUGAUUGAAAAAAAUGUCAGUUUGCGCAAAAAAUGGUGGUCUACAGUUUAUUUUUUUAUGGCUGGAAACUCUAUGUACUUGUGAAAAAUUUAAAGUGUAACUGAGAAAAACUCGCUCUUGUCUGGAGGCGGGCAGCGAAACAGUGCGGUUUGGCUUUACUAAGAACCUUUCUAUGGUCUUCAGAUGACUGCUGAAAGAUUGGUAAGAAAGAUCACACUUACUGUAAUUGUUCAGUUCCAGUUAUUAUGGCCUUUUAAAAAACAAAAAACUUUCUUAUUGAUUAAAAAAUCUGAAUAAUUUUGGCAUUUCUUUGAAUAUGUUUAGACUAUAUCUGUAUAAAAUAAAGUUUGUGGAUUAAUUAAAAAUAAAAUGAUUCUUUAUAUUG